UCAUCUGCUCAUGAAAUGACUACUCCCUGUCGUGACGUCAAGAGUAGCGGGCAUUGUGAAAACAGCUGAAAAGGCCUACAGCCUGAACCAUUUAUAUACCUGUACACUCAGAACAAACACGUCAAAUGUACAGAUAGUCAGUAUCUUAACUGUAUAUUUUUCACAACAUGUUGCUCAUUUGAAAAUAAUAUAAGCAGCAAUGAAUUUAAAUGAUGCAAAAUAUGCCAAAAGAAAGCUGGAUUUCCAAGACCAACCGUUUCAUUUUAAGACAUUUUACUUGGACAUCAAGGCGGAAACGGUGAAGAGGAAAGUAGUCAGAAGAAUAAGAGAACUCGGUGGAACUGUUGAAGGCUUUCUAUCGAAAGAUGUACACUUGGUUAUCACUGACAAGAAAAAUGGAGAGUUGGAAAGAAAAUCGAAUAAAGAAGUUAAAACAAUACAGAUCAGUAAUCUGAGUAGAGGAAGAGCGUUACUGUUGAAAGCAAAUGCACAAAGUAAUAAGAGAAGAUCAUCAGUAGGUGGGAAUGAUAUUACCCAGAAUGCAUUAAAUCUUGGUGUAAAGGUGGAUCAAGCUAGUAUUUUUCUUCGAGAUUCCAGUAAAUUUGUUCAUGCUGUGAAAAAAACAAAGAAGACGAAUGAACUUGAUGGAAUAACACCUUUAGAAUGGACAGAAAGUGAAAAAGAAAACACUUGUUGCCUCAAAAUUGAAGAUACAGAACAGUUGUAUAAACCUCUGAUAAAACAUUUUGAAACAUUCCCUUCAUUAUUUUAUAACGAAGAAGUGGCAUCACCAUUUGUUAAAGGUGUCGUUCUAACAAAACAGACAGAUAAAAUAGUCAAUAGAUAUUCUACAGCAAAGAAAACUGUGACAUCCAAUAAAGGAGGUUUCUGUGAGGCAUGUGAUUAUUGGUACAAAUGUUCAUUAAGGGAACAUAUCAAAAGUGCAAAACAUGAAAAGUUUGUUAAGGAUCGAACAAACUUUGAUCACUUAGACACUGUUAUAAAUAAAUUACCUUCUUUCUCAGAUUUCUUUGUCAAAUUGAACAAAGUGCCAGGGAAAGAAUCAAAUAUGGAUACUGAAAUGCCCUUGUUACAUGUAUGUAAUGAACUUUCAGAAAACCAAAAUGAAAAAGACAUACUAGAUUGUGCUAUGCCAAAUUUGUCAUCAUGCAUUGUUGAAACCAUUGAUGUUUUAGACAGUGAGAUGCCAUCACUUCACAAAGAAUUUCCAUAUGACCAUGAUGACACUAACACACAAGAUUCUGGUACUGGUCGAGAUAUACAAGACGGUGAAUUCUGUGAUGUUUCCAAGUGUGACAUAACUGAUAAACAUUUAAUAAAAAGAACAAAUAGUGAUUCUGCUUUACCACCCGAUGAAGAGUUUCCUAUACAAAAUGUAUGUUGUACACCAUCUCUUGACUACCAUAAUGACAAUGCUGUUUUCAUGGAUGAGAUUACUCACAAAUCUACCAAUACAUUAACUUCAGUACAAAAUGUUACCUCUAAUGUACGCAAGAAAUUUUCAAAGAUUUCUUUGUUUGAAAACAAUCAAGAUAUUUCAGAAACCUGUGAUAGUUAUUCUAGUAUCAAAGACAGACUCUAUCAAGAAAAUAGCAUUGUUUCUCCACAAAAGGUUGAAAAAUCAUUUUGUUUCUCUGAAAUAUCAUCUCCCUCCUCUAAAGGGACGGGUCAGAGUAAUUUUAAAGAUUUGGUCACUAACUGGAUUCAUGAAAUAGAAAACUCAGCACAUAUUCCUAAACAAGACUCUUGUGAUCGCAAAACAAAGAAUGAUAUCUAUAGUGACAUUAGUUCUGUAGCUACAGACUUGACAGAAGAAUAUAAUCCUCAGGACUACCAUACUAUGAUACGGAGUACAACGGACAAAAGUGAGGUGACAAAAGAAGGUAUAAAUAGUUUAUACGGGAAUAUUAAUAUUGUCAAUGAAAACAGUUGUUCAAGAGAUAGUAUUUCACUGAUAUCUAUGCCGGAAACCCCUGAAAUUAAGAAAACAACUUUUUCAGGAUGUAAAUUUGGAAUCUUGGAUGAUUCUUAUGCAACACCAGAUAAUACUCUAUGUGCAAGUGACACAAGUGUUUAUAGUAUGAUUUCAGAAUGCACCACAUCCAAUCAAAGGUCAAAGGGUCCCUCUUCACAAUUUACUCCUCAUUCUGAAAAAAGUUUAGAUUGUGAAAAUAUUGGUUCAAAUUCAAAACAUGUACAUGAACCCUUAAAAAUAAAAAUAAAUUUGAGUGAAAUCAAGAAAAAUGAGAAGAAAGCUAAAAGAAAGGUCAAAGUUAAAAGAAGAAUAUUUCCUGAAAAUCCAAAAGAGAAUUACGACUCUUUUUAUCAAAUGCAUCAGCAGGGUGAAAUGAAGAUCAAGUUGUGUAAAGUUGCUAAAACCCCAGUGCAAAAGAAUGGUGACUUGAUGUCAUAUUGGAAAGUUAGAAAAAGUGGUGGAUGCCGACUUGUAUUCAGCUCUGAAAAAAGAAAAGAAAAUGACAUUGGAAAUAAAACUGGAGACAUUAGUAGUAAGGGAGCUGUUCCUAGUUCUGACUCUGAGAAGAGAAAAGCAUGUCAUCUGGAAAAUGAUCACCAUGACCACUCAGAAAAGUUGAGGAAGAGAAGAAAAUGUAUCUAUUUACAGUUUUUCUGAUUUAAUUUAAAUUUUUUAGUGGUACAAUGUACAUGUAUUAUGAUAUUUAUCUUUCAGGAAAAUAAUUGAAAGUUUUGCCUGAGAAUGCAUCAAUUUUGCUGUUUAAAUUUUAUAAGAUUUACAUUUUUAGAGCAUUUGUAAUUUUACAUGCAAUCAAAUGUACCUAUUGUUCUAUUGAUUAGUUCAUUGCAGGUGGUUUUCUUCUAUUUUUUUUAUAUGGUUUUAAAUAUAAACAAUGAUACUGAUUUUGUUGACUUUUUAGAUUUUUUACUAAUUAUAGUAAUUAAUUUCAGUCAAUAUGAGUUGUAUGGAAUUAAGGAUAAUAUUGACAUCUAAUUUUGUAUUUAUUUUUAAAUCUGUAAAAACAUGAAAAAGACCAACUUAUAAUUAUACUGAACUCCAAAUGCAAAUUUUAAAUUAUUAAAGAAGACGUUCAUAUUUAUUUUCAUAAUUUUAAAUAUGACUGUUACAAUGUACUAUAUUUUAUAGCGCAAAGCACAUUAAAAUGUAUUGAAUGUAUAUGUUUUACAUGAACUUAUUAAACAUAUACAAAUGUAAAGUCAUGAUAGUCACCAUGGUCAUAAUAGUUGCAUCAUAUAUAACCAAUGAGAACCUACUUUUGAAAUAAUUAUAAUAGAUAAAAAAAUAAUUGUUAUUUGAAUAGUACGUAGUUUCCAUGAAAAUGAAAUAGGUUUUACUAUCAGAUGGUGGAAAUUUAAACUAUUUGUAUAAAGCUUCAUAAUUCCUUGAACUCAGUUAACUGCUAGAUUUUUUUUUAUGUUUUUGUCAUGUAAAUUUCUUAUUUAUUCAUCAUGUACAAAAAAUGUACAUGUGAGUUAUAGGAUAACUAUAGCAUAUUUUUUGUUUUUUGUGUAUAAAUAUACAUGAAUUAAUUUCACCUGUUUAUGGCCACUUCAAAUAAUAACAUAAUGACAUGAAUAUUUUUUUUUUGGAUCCAUGUAAUUAUUGAUUUUUUCUUUCAAAUUUUCACUCUGAAAAGCUUAAGCUGAAGUAAAGCAUGGUAAUCACGAAAGUAAAAACCUGAAAACUUUUCAAUAUUUUCAAUUUUAGGCAAAAUGUUGUUUUUGUUGCCAACUAAAAAACCUUUAUAUAUAUAGAAAUAGAGUAUGCUAAAGAAAAUUCUGAAUAUCUGUACAAAUGUAUGUACUUUUUAUUUAUAUGUCAUUUGGACCAUCAUAACAACUUUUUUUUUUUAAAUAUAUAUUGUGAAAAUGAUUCUGAUCCAUAUUUUUAAGCAUUGUCUUCUUAUAUGUCCUACAGUGUUAUGGAAAAUACUUAUUCUUUUUAAAGUUUUGUACACGAUGUAUUAUUACCAUUUUUCACCAAUAAUAAACCAUGUUCUUUCAGAAAGUAUGCAUCUUUGUCCUUUUUUCUCUGGUAUCCUUAUUUUUAGAAUAUAUUAUUUUGGGUCUUGUGUCUAAUUUGUAAAAUGAGUGCUUUUCUAUAGUUUGAAGCCUCUUUGACUUCUUUUGGUAAAAUCAAAUAAGUUCAGAUGUUAUACAAAAAGUGAAGUUGUUUAAAGGGGUAUUACCUGUCAAAUAUAACUGAUUUGACUCAAAUUCUCAUAUUUGAUUUAUAACAUACUAUUUCAAAUGUAUUUCCAAAUUACAAUAAGUCUGAAAUAAAUGACUCCAUAAGAUAUAUCAACAUUUCGUGUGUAUUUUAGUCUGAAUGCCAUCUUAUCAACCAGUAGGAAGACAUCUGAAGACUGCCAACAAUCACAUGACCCAACAUUAACAUCAACCUGAAUAUAAAUAGAUAGCAACCUCAUACAAUUGGGCUAUUGUAGGCCUGUUUGAUUUUAUAUUAUAGGUAAAAUAAUAAGUUCAUCAUGGGUGUUUCCCUGUAUAAGAAUGAUUUGAUGAUGAAAGAGUCCGCCUUUUGUUUCACUGUCAAUGUUGACAUUAUUUUCCUUUUAUUUAAUGGCUGAACAAGACUAAUACCAAAAAUACAUGCAAAACUCAUCUCUAGCUUUUUUUCUUUUAUUUAUAAUUGAACCAAAUCAAAAUCAUAUAUUAUUUUUGUUAGGUAUAUCAUAUAGCUAAUGCCCCUUUUAUUAAACAUGUAAAAUGAAUUAAAAUGUUUUUGGCAAAACACUUUGGUAACCCAAGGUUGAUGAUUACUGACAUUGGGAAGCAGUUACAUAGGUUGUAUGGGGAAUUCCUGUCAGCAAAUUUUUGAUAUUUUUCUCAAUGGCAAUGUAAAAACCAAUAAGGGUGGCUGCAUUCUAAUGGUUUUAGUGAUUGCAAAUAGAGUUUUUAAUGAUAUGCAUGUCACAGUGAGAUUUGCUGUGAACUUGUUUAUUGAAUGAUGAUACAUGUAUGUCAAACAUUUUCUAGAACUAGAAUCCGACCAUUGUGACAUAGCAACUUUCAAUUUGUUAGUAUUGUACAUGUUAGCAAUAUAAUUGUAUUUGUCUAUUUUGUUAUUCAUGUAAUUUAGUGGUAGUUAUUGUUAUGCUGGAAAUCAACUAGUGUUUUAUAGAAAGUUAUUUUGUAGCCAUUUUAGAUCCAUAUUAGUUUUGAAAUGUAUAAAUGUAACAUGAAAGUAUCUACUUUUCUUCGAUUUUGUCAAAAGGUGAGAUAUGACACUUGCAGCGCAUCAGUUGUUGUCACACUAAAUUAAAAGGAUAAAUAGUCAAUGAUAGUUGUAUAGGUUUAUAACAACAAACUGGAUCUUUGAAAAGCAAACACAAUCAGCUUACUGUCCAACAAGAGAUGCCUUCAUGUGUCUUUUAUGAGAUUUCCCUGAUUAGGUAAUUUUCUGAGUUUCUAGUAGAAACUUUCUACACUGUGGAUUCAUUUAUUUUCUUGUGUACCAAAGUUUUUUGGGUUGAGAAAAUUGUAAUUCUGUGAAUAUUUGGUGUUUUAGAAGCGAACUUCAUAUAAAUAUACUUACUUUUAAUGAUUUUAUGAACAUAAAUGUUUUUUGGGGUAAAAUUGCAUUUCUCAGGUUUAUAUCUCAAAAACAAAGAGAGCAAAUUUUACAUGGUUAAAUAUGAUCAGCAGGUUGAGGUAUGGCUAUCUGGGUAUCUGAUUUUUAGGUUAUUGUCCCUGAAUUCAUGAUUUUAAGGAAAUUUUGUAGUUUUGGUUAUUAUCUUGAAUUUUAUUAUCAUGAUUAUAGAUAAUAUAUAAAGAUAAAACAUUUAACAUAAAGAUUUUUUUUUCAGAAUUUGUUCAUCUAGUUUGCUUACUUUAAAAAAAAAUUCCUUUGAAACUGCUGAUUCAGUUUCAGAGUAUAUAGUAUUGAUUUUGUAUUUUGUUUCCUUUUACCUCAAGAAACAUAUUUACUAUGCUAACAUGGAACAUAAGGGUAAACUGCAUUUUUAUGCUUUUGGAGAAAAUAUGACAGCAUUUAAUUAAGUCCAUUCUUUAUAAAAGCUUUUUAUUUGUAUUCCUAUUUUUCAAUAUCCUACAGUUUGUGUAUAUUUGUAUUUGAUGUAUAAAAAUAUGCAAUAUUAUUUUUAGUAAAUUUUACACAACUUUUAAUUUAAAUUAAUGUUAUUUAAGUUAUUCAAUGGUAUAUAUUUUGGUUGUACAUCAUUCAUUUUUCUGAUCAUUCCAAUAUACAAUGAUAUAUAUAUAUUGAAGCCAACUCAAUUCUUUGUUCAUGCUAUAU